AGUGAAGACCUAUAGUAUGUAUAGUACAACCAAUUUUGAUGGACUGCCCUUUGCUGCCCACCAUGUAGCCCGACACUACACUUUUAGACCUGGUAUGCACUAUCCUGGCUCAAACCCUGCUGAGCGUCCGAUUAAAACACUGACGAGAUCUCAAUAUUUAAAAGUGGCCCAAAGCCCCGUCAUAGCACGAACAUUACACUUUACCUAUCUCAACAAAUGUGGACAUCAUGAAUCUUUGGUCUAAUCUCAGAUCUUGUGAGUUAGAACUCGGGGGCUCCUCAUGCACAGCCAGCCAAGGAUAACUCCCCGCUAUAGUGACGUCACAGGAAAAGGACGUGACGUCACCUAAAUAUGGGCGUGGUCAAAAGCGGCCCCAUCCCCCGCUCUUCCCGACCUUGCUUCCCCCCUUGCCGAGGUUACCCACAUGAACAAUAAUAAUAAAUCAUAGAUGUACAUUAUGAAAGAAUCAAUUAUUUUUCACAAAACUGCUCCUGUACGACCUUUUGCCAAUCCCCUGCUGGAGAGCCUCUUGACGAUUGCACGAAUCGUGUUGGUUAUUUGCACAUACUUCACCAUGCCGGUGAGUAUGGGUUGGUAAAGGAAAAGGAGGAGCAUUAACGUACAAACAAAAACCUAUUUUACUAGAAUGCCUUCUGCUUCCCAUCAUGUAGCCUGUAACACCUGGUAUGCGCUAUCCAGACUCCAACCUCCUUAACGUUAGAUGGAGACAUCUGGCACAUCCCCAGCAGUUUUGUCUACAGGCUCAACAUAUAACACAAACACACCUCCCUAACACUAACGUUAAACUUUACCUAUCUCGACGAAGGUAGACAUCGUGAAUCUUUGAUUUUUUCUCGAAUUCAGAGUCAGAAGUCAGGAGCUCCUCGCGUGCACAGCCAGCCCACGAUAAAGUCCGACCCAGAAUGAUGUCACCGUGACGUCAGUUAAAUAUGGGCGUGGCCUGAAUGUGGGUGUGGCCAACAGCGGCGGCUUCCCCGCCCCCCGCUGCCCCUCCCCGCAGGUUUCUCUCAACCCUCAGUGCGCAUGCGCGGGCGGCAUGUCUCGGACAUCGCCUUCAGCGGCCGUUGGCGACGCGGUGGUUGUGGCGGGAAAAUUAAUAAAAAAAACUUCUCCGAAUAACCGCGACCUUUAACUACCCUCACGGAUAAUCCACACGGAUCUCUGGACGGCAAGGCGAAGACGAUCAAUGGAAUAAUCUCCGUGCUGCUCGUAGGCGAGCGGUGCGCUGGACGCCUACAUCGAGGACUUUGAGCAGAGCGGAAUCUGUGCGUCACCGCCACCCAGGAUACGUGCAGAGCACAGCGCCGCGCAGCAUGGCGGAGCGGAGACGCGCGGAGGAGAGGAGGAUGCGCAGUGUGGAUGAGGGUGGCACGCUGCUUGUGGAAGACCUCAUCUCGGGCACGUGCAGCCUCAAUGCCACGCUGCGCUGCAGCGGUCGUGGCUCAGAGCCCGACGGUCAGAGUCUAACCACGGACCAGCUCCUAGCAGCGCCAGCUGACGGUUCCUCCAUGUCCUUGCUCCGCUCGCACAGAAACAAGCGGUCAUCUCUCGGGGUCACCGCACACAGCCUCGGCGCAUCAUUGGUGAGGGGCAAUAAGCCAACUGAACGGUUGACCUCAACAUCGAGAAGCAACAAGGCUCUGACGCCGUUAAGUUUGUCGGCGAAGCCCAAAAAGACUUUAUUUUCUAACCAGAAGAACGUUUUGUCGUACUUACGGAGCAGUGAAGAAACGAGGCGUGAGCGCUUGCCGAGCGGUGGCGGCGGCUGUGCGACAAGUACCUAUCCCAGGUGGUUGACGAGCCAAAAGGAUGAGCUGGAUGUGUCCGGGAUCACGAGCAUUCCUGAGCUCAGGUACCCAGCCUGGCUGCGUGACUGCGAUGUGGACUCCCAGACCAGCAGCCACGAGACGGAUACCAGCACGAAGAGAGCAGGUGCCACUCAGAACCCGCAAAGCAGACCAAAGUACCCAGAGUGGCUCAAGGAUUUGGACAUCUCCGGCCUGACGAAUGUAGCCAACAAGGAGCCUGUGUCAGAGGACCUUAGAUCCCUGGCUCGCAGUCACGAGCGACAUAUCAAGGCCCUCGUGAGCGACGCUGUCGCGGAAGCAUUUGGUUUGGCGGAAGACGCAUCGACUGUCGAUGAUGAGGGAGAGCUCACAGUGCGGAGCGUCAGGGAGAACCCAGCGCUGCUGGAGCUGUUCCAGGCCAACUCGGCACAAAACAGUAAACCACUAACGGAAACGGCCUCAUUGGAGGAGCUGCUGAGCAGGGCGCGCAUGGCAUUGGACUCCUCCGGCUUGGAGGCCCCCUCCCCGGGCAGCGUCAACACGGACAUCUUCCUCGGGGCUGAUCGUCCCUGGGAAAACCCCUCCACGCCAUUUAAAUUACCGGUCCAUGUCCAUUACGCUGACGACCCUGGCGAGGAGGGAUUAGCAUCGGCAGCUACCAGCUCUGACUCCAAGAGCAUGAAGGUUGAAACCACUGGCCUGACCCGGAGGCUCCACCCGGGCCCUGUGGAGGCAUUGAAACAAAUGCUGUUCAGGCUGCAGAGCGUGCAGCUGGGGACACCUGCAGAGGACACUGGCAGUGCUGGCACGCAGAUUAUGGAUGAGGCAGCAUCUCAAGUUGACUUGCCUGAGUUUGAGUCAGUACCAGGUGGAAUGUCUCUGCAAAGGGCCCUGUACCACCUGUCGCGUCUGAAAGAGCUGGUUGACACCAUCAAGAAGAACAAGGAUGGUUGACUACCCGUGAUGUAGAAAGCCCAAAAGCAUUUUAUGGCGGUGGUCGAGGUUUAUCCUUAGAAGGAUACGUUCGCUUGGUCCUCCUGCUAAUUCAUGGUUGUUAAACAUCAACGGUACUCCAGGUUCUGUGGUGUGAAUCGCAAUUACUUGUGAACUUGUGGGGCCCAUGGGGCACAGUAAUUGUCCUGUUAAAGGAAGUGCCACAACAAAGUAUUGGAAAAAUGUGAUGAAGUUCGUUUAGGGUUGGAGUUAGUGAAUGGUUCUAGCAGUAUUUUGCACAGAAACGCCAUACAGACUCAAACGUCACUUGAAAGAACGGAUAUGUGAACAAUAUUGUGAGUACAACUAAACCAAUUGUGGUGUUAGCCAUUUUGUAAGGAGCCUACUUUAUUGGGAACAUACAUGCUAGUAUUUGUGUAGUUAUAAACAUUUGGGAAAUCACUGUAAAAGUACAUUUGCUUAUUUAGAUUGCACUAUACCUGUAUUGUAAAAUUUCAGAACCUUUUACGUAAUUUGUAAUCAAUAAACCAAAGUUGUAUAUUGUAUGCAACCCAUGACUUGGAUUGUUUUUAUCAUGUCUUGUUUAGCAUGGUUGGUUAUGUACAGUGUGAAAGAAAUUCAACAUACCUUAAAUAUUUUCUGAUAUUUGAAUGUUUUAUAUUGUACAUGUAUAUUUAUUUUACAAUAAAUCUGAGACAAAGGCUUA